UUGUGUCUUGUUGUAUUUCCAUCGUUCAGUUUCUAUGUGUACUCUACUGUUUUUGCAGUUAGCAAGUUGCACUCAUCUACUUCUUGGUCACGAUGGCUACUCACUGUUACCAUCGUUUCGUUUGUGCUUCUAUUCAUAUUUCAUCGUCCCUUACCUGAAGGUUUCACGAAGAAACCUAUGGACAGAUUUCUGAUACAUUUUUUUGAAACGUCACUCAGAGUAACAUACUACUGGCCGAGUCGAUUAUUCACGAAGGCAAGCACUAUGGUAUGGUGGACUCGCGCAGUUCUCAACAAUCUAACACGAUUUCUUGGACCAUACUUACCUGACCAAGCUAUAUCUGCGGAGAAUAGAGAUUUUAGAGGGGUUCCAGUACGUGUGUAUGCGCCUCGUCAGAAUGUGUCGAACGAUGGCGCUGUUGUUUUCAUACACGGAGGUGGAUUUGCCCUUGGAAACAUUGACAUUUACGAUUCUCUAACACGUAGGAUAUCUAAAAUGUUGAAUGUUGUUCUUGUGUCAAUCGAAUAUCGGCUUUCUCCAGAAACCCCAUUUCCGGGUGGAUUAAAUGACUGUGAAAUAGCUUUAGAAUACUUCCUCAAAAUUUCUAUGGAAGAGUAUGGCGUGGAUCCAAGGAAGAUUGUGUUAAUGGGUGAUUCGGCCGGCGGUAACCUAGUUGCUGCAAUAACACAACGACGUCGUGAUACCGGCAAAAAACCUGAUAUUCUUGGUCAGGUUUUGAUUUAUCCUCUUCUUCAGCUAGCCGAUUUGCAGUCGCUUUCGUAUCGAUACUUUCAUACGAACCUUCAUGGAACUUCUCUAGUCGAUCCGGAGUCCGUUGCGUAUUAUUACAUGUUUUAUGCUGGUAUAAACAUGGACAAUUACUCCCACCUCGUGAAAUACGUCCUUGUUAAUGGCCACGUUGCUUAUCAGUUGCGGGACAAAGUGGAGAGGAUACUGGAUUACGAUUCACUUUCCUAUCUGAACUAUAGAAAUGAGACGUUGAUAGAGCGGAAGGAGACGGUUCAUUCUGUUGAGGCACAACAACUUCUAGCGCCUUUCUUAACAAAUCCAAAUUUCUCUCCACUUAUGCAAGAGGACUUGUCAAAUCUACCACCUGCCUUUGUAAUGACAUGUGAAUAUGACGUACUGCGUGACGAAGGAAUCUUGUAUGCUAACCGACUUAAGGUACGUUCUGAUACCGUCUUAGUGAGGGUUCAUUGCCUUACUGAUUAUUUAUGGGGCGUAUGUGGGCGCAGUGGUCGGAAGCGCCUUGUACUACACAUGGGAUUGAUCCCUCCACCAUAG